AUGAAGAGUUCCAUCGGCAACAACAUACGUCUUGUCGUUGAACGCGUAAACAAAAUCUCCCUCCACUGCGAUCUUGCUGAACCCCCUGUCCUUGAUGGCCCAUUCCUGUUUGCCGUACGAAUCGUAGCCGUACAAGUUUCCAUUUUCAGUCAGGACAAUGAUCGACUUAUUGAAUCCAAAGUGCAUCUGUGUGUCGAUAGGUUUGUGAUUGGAGAGAAGGUAGAAGUUGCGCUUCAAUCUGUCAAUGUAUCCAGACCAUUGGUUUUCGUGAAUCAGAUCGAAGGUGGACACACUAAGUUUCUCAUGGCGAUCAGCCACCACCACGUCCUGAAUUCUGGCCAGCGACUCGUCCCUGGCCCAGAGCAGCUCGCCGUCCAGGUAGAACUGGAUGUAAGGACCGGUGACUGCAAAGAUCGCCAGCUUGUCGUCUAUUGUGCCGAACUCGACCAAGUCCGUAGUACCUGCUGUCCAUGGGUAGCUUUUGGACGGGCCUUUCAGCUCAUCCAAGUCGUAGACACUCACUUGAUCACCGAGAGUGGCCAGGUAUUGGAAAUUGACCACGCGCGCGAGCUCCUCGCCCGCUGCGAUGGACGACAGUGCGGAAUUCUUGUGUUUAGCCAGCUUGCCGUUUUCCGGCGAGUAAGCGUCUUUGUUGCAGACGAUUUCGUCACCUGUGACGAGGAUCGACUCAAACUUACAGCCGAGGAUGCCCUCUUCGCCGCCAAGCACCUUGUAUGCUGUUUUCGAGGCUGUUUUUGCAACGAGCACCAGAUCGUUGGCAAACGAGGCCAGUUUGCUUGCACUGACGGGCCCGAGCUUCUCAAUGGUUUCGACCGUGUAGUCCUUGGCGACUUGCAAAACGGAGCCGUCUUUCUGCACCACGAGAAGUGA